AUGCGAGUUUCUAGGCUCCUUUAUGACAUUCUACUCUGGCAGUCUUUGCUACCUCGCGACCGGCGCAAUCGCUCGGCCCUAAGACGACCACCCUCCUUUUCAUCGCCUCUUCUGACCCGCUGCGAUCUCUUUGAACCAGAGGAGCUAGAGCAAGCAGGCCAAUGCGAUAUAAAAGGUCUUAAAAGUCCUUUACUCUCUUCAUCAGCUCCUGUGAGGCCUCCAGCUCCUCUUGCUCGGCAUUCAGACCAUCGGCACUGGUUCUUCAGCGAUUUGGCUCCUUUGGCAAGCAUCUAUGCCCAUCCAGAUGCCACACGCCGAGCUCUUGAGUUGGACGCGGCUACCGCCUCGGCCUCAGCCUUAGCCAAUGCUUAUUGCUAUAACCACCAUAAGGCCGAUCGAUAUGGUUACCAAAGAUGCAGGCCACCAACAGGUUGGCCUCCCGGAGCUCCACCACUCUAUGCCGGCCUUGAGGGCUUGCAUAACUGGUACCAACGAGCAAACCGUAUUCCAUAUCAGAUGGAUUACGCUCCUGCCUCUUGUAGCUUGGAGCGUUUAAGGCGCAGAGGCCAAGAAUGUGAAGAAUCGGGUCUACGCGACAAUCCACGCGGGUGGAGACUUCACUUGAGGGGUAGUGGGCUUCACUUUCGACCAAUGUAUUACCAGGAUAGCGACGGAGAAACUGUGGAUGAUGCUGAUGAUGAGGCUGAUGAAGAAGCGGAAACAGAAUUUGCCACGGCUAUGACAGGUAGCAAUGAAGCUGGAGAGGGGAGGUCAUUGAGUGAUUUGGAAACCGGUUCUACAUUCAAAUGGCCGCAUUUGGAUGAAGAUUGUUACGAUGAAGAGAAAUACAGAGAAGAAGUCUUUGACCAUGACUUCUCAAGUGAUGAAGAAAGGAUAUCUGAAUCGACACAUUUCCGGUACUGGCCUACAGAGGCUAAUGUCUCUCGGCAUCGCAGGCUUAGUCGUCAGCGUAAUAUGCGUAACAAGGGACGAUCCCGUUUCUCACGCUUUGGUAUCAACACACCUGAUGCUGAUCCCAAUGCCACCGGUAGGUCUACGUGCAUUCUGUCAAUAUAA